AUGUUGAUUAAACUUGGAGUGAUUCUUCUGUUAGUUUAUAACUCGUCUUGUGCUAAUUUAACAGCUGACGAUGAGACUUGGUCUUGGACACAAAAAGUUUAUAAUAGUUCUAAGAGUACUACUACAGUUGCUCCUCGUGAAGAUGAAGAAAUCGAUUUAAGUCCCACAGAUAACGAUCCAACGGAAGCCUGUCUUCUGCCCAAUGGAGCCCAAGGAGUAUGCGCGCCUUAUUAUCUAUGCGAUUCUGAUACUAAACAGAUAAUACAAGAUGGUACUUCAUUAAUUGAUUUCAGAGGGGGACAAUGUCUUUCGUAUCUUGAUGCCUGCUGUAAGUUAGGAGAUAACAGACCUUCACAGGAUACAACGACUCCUGCAAAACCAAUAGAUAAGUUUACCCAAGACGGCGAAAUGUGGACCAUACCAGUAUCAAAUUACAGCGAUGUGGAACUAACCUCCUCUUCAGGUGGAUGUGGUUGGGAAAAUUCUGACAUAUUUAUAUUUAAGAAAGAAACAGAAGAUCGGCAAAUUUACGCCAACUACGGACAAUUUCGGUGGAUGGUCGCUAUCAUCAAGAAGAAGAGGAAAGUGGAAGCUUGGAGUCAACAGGACUAUAUUGGGGGUGGUUCAAUAAUUCAUCCAUCUGUAGUAAUAACAGCUGCUCACACAGUGUACAAGAGAAGACCUCGUGAGCUCAAAUGUCGUGGAGGAGAGUGGGACACUCAGACAACAAAAGAACCUUAUAAAUUCCAAGAGCAGGAUGUCACAAAAAUAAUUGUGUACCCAGAAUUCUUCAAUGUAUCACUAUACUACGAUGUCGCUCUCGUGAUUUUAAAUGCUCCUUUUGAUCUGCAAGCCCCUCACAUGGGGAUAGCGUGCUUGAACAGCGUUUUGCCUUCUCCAAAUACACAGUGUUAUUCAAUGGGAUGGGGGAAAAAUUUCAAUAAAACGGAAGAAUAUGCUGUCAUUUUGAAAAAGAUAAGGCUUUCUUUAGUGGCCCCUCAAGAUUGUCAGAAUAGCUUACAAAAAUCUAGACUGGGUCCUUUCUUCAGGCUUCAUUCAUCUCUGACCUGUGCUGGAGGAGAAGAAGGAGUGGACACUUGCGACAAAGACGGGGGCUCUUCACUAGUCUGUCCUAUUGGGAAUGAUGAAAAUAAUGUGAGAUAUGCAGUAGUGGGCAUUGUUUCCUACGGUAUAGGUUGUGGAGUAAAAAACCGUCCCGGCGUAUACGUCAAUAUACCGCAGAUAUACGCGUGGGUCAACGAAGUCAUGGCGCAAGAGAAGUACGGUACUGCUACUUAUACUAUA